CACCCACCUCUCCACAGAGAACGGCAAGCAAGUUCAGCAAGUUCCAGUCAAAGCACUUUCUUGAUAAGCUAUCAAAUUAAGCGAGCGACGCAGCUUCUCGUAUACAACCCUGUAAAAGAUGGCAAUGAUCCCAAGCUUCUUCGACAACAGACGAGGCACCAUCUUUGAUCCAUUCACUUGGGAACCCUUCAAGGACUUCCCUUUCCCUUCAUCCUCACUUGUCUCUCAUGACAAUUCAGCCUUUGUUAACACACGCAUCGAUUGGAAAGAGACCCCAGAAGCCCAUGUCUUUAAGGCCGAUCUUCCCGGUCUUAAGAAGGAGGAGGUGAAGGUGGAGAUCGAGGAUGACAGGGUGCUUCAGAUCAGCGGGGAGAGGAACGUGGAGAAGGAGGACAAGAAUGACACCUGGCAUCGUGUCGAGCGUAGCAGCGGCAAGUUCCUGAGGAGGUUCAGACUGCCUGAGAAUGCUAGGGUGGAUCAGGUCAAGGCUUCUAUGGAGAAUGGGGUGCUUACAGUGACUGUGCCGAAGGAGGAAGUGAAGAAACCUGAUGUCAAGGCUAUUGAAAUCUCUGGUUGAGUGAGAUUAUACCUCAUGUUCCUCUUAGCAUUAAUCAAAUUGCAAGGAUUGGUGACUGUAAAUCUGUUUAUGUUCCUAAGUUAGCAGGCUGAAGAGAUUGUUAAUAUGCAACAAUGUGUGUUUGUUUGUUAUAAGCUUUUGAAGUUCUGAUUGAUAAAAUCAAAUUGUAAUUUCGUAA